AUGUCGAGCGAUGAUGAUCACAUCAGACCCGCUAGGAACUUUGAGGCACAGAGUGCAUUUGCAUCGACGUUAAUUAACGAUGUUGAAAAAGCAGGGCCAUCCAAAAUCAGCGAAGUGCCAGACAAACAGCAUAAAAGCCUCCUUGGGCUUACAAUCGAAACACCGAACAUCCACCCGGGAAGCGAUGCUGUCUUUGCGGCCAAGGUCCAGCUCUUAAAUCAAGCACUGCUGGACAUGGGCAUGGGAUUGUAUCAAUGGAUGCUUUUCUUGAUGACUGGCGUUGGCUGGUUUCUUGACAGUUUCUGGAUCAUGUCUUUCCUAGUCAUUGCCCCGUCAGCUGGAAAUGAAGCCCAGUUCUUCUUUAUGGGUGACAACACUGAUUAUCUCUUCGUCAGCUUGUUUGUUGGUCUCACUGUCGGCGGCACAGCUUGGCCCAUGAUGUCUGAUACACUGGGUCGGAAGUGGAUGUUUACUAGCACCAUCGUGCUGAUGGGAAUGGGUGGCUUAGUCGGUGCGGGCAUGCCUUCAUUCACGGGGCUGUGUGUCGUCGGCUGCGUUGUUGGAUUUGCUGCCGCCGGGAACCAAGCUGUCGAUGCAAUGAUUCUUCUAGAGUCUCUGCCUGCGUCACACCAGUAUCUAGUUGCUCUACAGGGUGUCUUCUGGGGAUUGGGACAAUUGGUUGCUGCUGCAGUGGGAUGGGCUUUCAUCGCUCUAUAUACAUGUGGCACCGGUCCUGAUGAAGUGAGCACCUCUCAGUCGAUGAGCAGCAAACGCGCCCUCGGCCAUUCAAGCAGUGCUAGCUCCUCAUCCAGCAGCUCCUCGUCCUGUCACUAUGUCAGCAACAAGGGCUGGCGGUACGUAUGGUGGACUUUCGGGUGCAUGACUCUCUUCCUGUAUCUGUGUCGUUUUGCAUUGAAUCUCCAUGAAACGCCCAAAUUCCUCCUCUCGCGACGCCGCGACGCAGAAGCAACCCAGCUCGUGAAGGAUAUUGCCCUUUACAACAAGCGCCAGACAUGGCUUACCGAAGCGUCAUUUGCGCGGAUUGAUUCCACAAUCGACGCUUCCGAAGCUGAACUACGCACAAAAUCUCGCUCGCAAGCGCUUGUUUCUUCACUCAAUAUUUACGGCUCAGUGUGUCUUGUCCUGCUGUGGAGCAUAAUGGGUCUGACCUUCGUGGUCCACCAAAAGUAUAUCGGUAAUUAUCUCGCAACGCAAGGUGUAUCCCAGGUCAACGCGACAACAGUCUCGAGGUCCUACCUAUACAGCCGGUACCUAUAUAUCGCGCUUUGCGCUAUCCCCGGCCCGCUCGUGGCAACCAUCCUCAUCGAAGUGAAGGGUCUGGGGCGGAAGCGCACCGGAGCUGGCAUUGCUAUUCUGACUGGUUUGUUUAUGCUUCUCGCUACUGUGGCCCGGUCGCGCAAUUCUGCGUUGGCCUUCGAGUGCAUUAUCAGCUUCCUUCGCUUUGCUGGCAUGUCUACGCUGACGCUUUAUACUGUUGAGGUUCUACCGACUACAGUGCGCGGGUUCGGCCUGGGUGUCAUGGGCUUCUUUGGGGGGAUUUUUGGCUUGAUUGCCUAUAUCAUCAUCACUUUCGAUAGCACUGUUGUUUCGGGCGGGGGACCUGUUUGGUUCUGUGGUGCGAUUUGGAUUAUCAUGGCUGCUGCGUGGUUCGCGCUCCCGAUUGAAACUCAAGCUAGAGCAUCGGCGUAG